UGAGCAAACAGAGGGAAGAUGAUAAAACACCCGCUGGCAGUGGGAACCCUGCAUUUCGCAGGCGCCCCUGGGUGCAGCUGAACUUGGACAUGGCAGGCACCCGGCUCCUGGCGGCCGUCCUCGUCCUGGGCCUGUGCAUGCUGGCGGGGGCCGAGAAACCUUCGCCCUGCCGGUGCUCACGGAUGAGCCCCCAGAGCCGGAAGAACUGUGGCUUCCCCGGCAUCACCAGCGACCAGUGCUUCGACAUGGGGUGCUGCUUCGACACCAGCGUCGUAGGGGUCCCCUGGUGCUUCGACCCCCUCCCGAACCAAGAGUCCGAGGAGUGCGUCAUGGAGGUCUCGGCCCGAGAAAACUGCGGCUACCCGGGCAUCAGCCCCCAGGAGUGCGCCUCGCGCAAGUGCUGCUUCUCUGACGCCGUCCCGCAGGUGCCCUGGUGCUUCUUCCCGCAGCCCGUGCAAGACUGUCAUUAUUAAGAGGAGGCAGUGGCCCCAGAGGACCCGCCCGCUCCUGGAGGCCCCGGCACCAGACGAGAGCACACCCCUCGUCAGCGUCCGGCUUGCGCGUGCGUCCCGACUUCCUGGGUUUUCUCGGCCGCUGUUUGUCCCCUUCGGUGGCUUAACAUUCGGUGCCUGGAAAUAAAGAAAACCCUGAAAACCUG